GCCGGCGCAUUCCCGGCGGCGCGGAGCGGCGCGGAGCAGCGCGGAGCUGUGCGCACCCGGUGCGCGCCCCGGUGCGGGAUGCGGGCCCCGCGGCACCGCCAGCGGCCGCGCCAGCGGAAAACCCGCGGAGCGGCGCGGCUGGCCCCGCCAGGGUUCAGCACAAUGAGUCGGCACCCUGGGCAUUAGCAGCGUGAAGAGCCCGGGACAGGAGCUGCCCUGCUCGCACCUCGCCCCACCGCUGCUUCCCCUCGGGGAGACGGGUGCCGGCCCCUGCCCUGCCCUCGCGCCCCUUGCCCCCGCUCACCACAGAGGGGACGGGCCCGGUAUGGCCGGGGACAGGCUCCCACGCAAAGUGAUGGAUCCGAAGAAGCUGGCCAGCCUCCUGAGGAACGGGGCAGAGGGCACCCUGGUCAUCGACAGCCGCUCCUUCGUGGAGUACAACUCCUGGCACGUCCUCAGCUCUGUCAACAUCUGCUGCUCCAAGCUGGUCAAGAGGCGGCUCCAGCAGGACAAGGUCUCCAUCACGGAGCUCAUCCAGCCCGCCUCCAAGAUGAAGGUGGAGGCAGAGGAGCACCAGGACGUGGUGGUCUACGACCAGAGCACGCGGGACGUGACCGGCUUGGCCGCCGACAGCUUCCUCUCCAUCCUCCUGGGCAAGCUGGACAGCUGUUUCCACAGCGUCUCCAUCCUCACAGGAGGCUUUGCCACCUUCUCGUCCUGCUUCCCGGGGCUCUGCGAGGGGAAGCCUGCUGCCAUCCUGCCGAUGAGCAUCUCCCAGCCGUGCUUGCCCGUGGCCAAUGUCGGCCCCACGCGCAUCCUGCCGCAUCUCUACCUGGGCUCCCAGAAGGACGUCCUGAACAAGGACCUGAUGACGCAGAACGGGAUAAGCUACGUCCUCAACGCCAGCAACUCCUGUCCCAAGCCAGACUUCAUCUGUGAUAGUCACUUCAUGCGCAUUCCUGUCAAUGACAACUACUGUGAGAAGCUGCUUCCCUGGCUGGACAAAUCCAUUGAAUUCAUUGACAAGGCCAAGGUGUCGAGCUGCCAGGUGAUUGUGCACUGCUUGGCAGGGAUCUCCCGGUCAGCCACCAUUGCCAUCGCCUACAUCAUGAAGACCAUGGGUAUGUCGUCAGACGAUGCUUACAGGUUCGUUAAGGACCGCCGCCCAUCGAUCUCACCCAACUUUAACUUCCUGGGCCAGCUCCUGGAGUACGAGAGGAGCCUGAAGCUCCUCAAGGCCCUGAAAGCCCAGGGCGACCGGGGCGACGGAGAGACCCUGCAGGACCCAGCCGAGGUGUCUGAGGGCGGCAGGCACCCCGCACCGUCUACCUCAGAGAAGGUCGAGGAGGCACCAAGAAGCACAACCUCCGCAUCCCCACCCAGCGACCCCGAGAGGCAAGGUGGGCCUCCCAAGAUCUUGUCACCCACGGCGCUGCAGCAGGGACUCAACGGCUUGCACCUCUCCUCGGAGCGCAUUCAGGACACCAACCGCCUGAAACGCUCCUUCUCCCUGGACAUCAAAUCUGCCUACUCCCCCGGCCUGCGGCAGGACCCCCCGGGCCCUCCCAGCACCGGGGAGGCCCCCAAGCUCUGCAAGCUGGACAGCCCCUCGGGGCCAAACGGCCAGUUCUCCCCGGUGCCCGACAGCCCCGACCGGCCCAGCGGACCCGACCUCCUGCUGGAGGCCAAGGUGAGGCAGCGGCGCAAACACCGGCACGCGGCGGGCUCACCGGCCCACGGGCUCAGCCUCAACGUCGGCACGGCCCGCAAGAGCCCUGGGACAGAGGACAGCCUCCAGCAGCCACCAAGGCUCAGCCUUCCCGGCCCACCGCCAUCUUCCAAUGGCUCCUGGGGGGGUGUCCACCUGGAGUCCCCCAGCACCCCGUCCUCCGAGGGAGGCUGGUACUUUGGCACGGACUCAGCCGGUGGUGGCGGCAGUGGUGGUGGCGGUAGCACCAACGGUGGGACGUUGUUCACUGGCGCCAGCCCGUAUCCCCCGUUCGGGUGCAACGGGGUGCCGGGGGGCUGCGAGAUCAGACUGAGGGACAAGCAGCGGGCAGAGGCACGGGACGGGAGGCACAGCUGGCACGAGGAGGCCAGCGCCGAGAAGCAGUUCAAGAGGAGGAGCUGCCAGAUGGAGUUCGAGGAGACCAUGUCUGAGGGCAGGUCCCGGGAAGAGCUGGGCAAAAUAGGCAAACAGUCAAGCUUUUCGGGCAGCAUGGAGAUCAUCGAGGUGUCCUGACACCCAUCACGGGUGCUUGGAGAGCAACGGGGGGCGGGGGGGGGGCAUAUUUAAGAUGGGGAGAGAUGUGGGGAGGGCGGGUGGGGAGUAUUUAUACCCGUGUGUGCAUUUUCGGGAGCGCACAUGCCAAAACGAAAGCAAAGAGGAAUGAAUCCACAGUCAGGAAACAUCAUGGUGAAUGCUUAGUGUCCCCCCCAUGCCCAUCCUGGUCCCUCUCCCCUGCCCCAGCCCUUGGGGACAUCACCCUGGGCUUUUGCACAUGGAGCGGUGACAGGAGAGCAGCCCUCAGAGCCCCGUGCUCAAAUUUGGGGCGUAAAAUUCAAGAGGGAAGGGGCAGGAAUUACAAUUUGGGGUUGGGAGGGUGAGCAGAGCCUGCUCCUGACUUGGGGGGGGGACGUGGUCCCAUGGGGACGGGGCACAGCACCGCUCCGUCGAGGUGGGGAAGGGGAACCCCAGCCACCCCCUCCCUGCACCCUGGUGCACUAAGCAUGCGCCCCUGUGUUUCUCUGGCUGAGUAUCCUAAAGAUGCUGCACUAGAGCAGCCCUAUACAUAUAUAAAUAUAUAUUAUAUAUAAUAUAAAGAAAACACACACACACAAAGAAAAAAAAAAGGUAAAUGGUUUUACUGCGAUUUUUAUUGAGACGUAAAUAAUAUUUCAAUUUUUUUGUUUUGUUUUUAAUUUAUUGAAGCUGUUUCAUUCUGGCAAUGAUUUGCAGACAAUGUGGGGCGGUACUUUCAGCUCUAUUUUUACUGUGUAUGGUAUUUAAAUCUGAAAUACGAGUUUCUAAGCAAUAUCUGAGGCCUGUGGCUCCUUCUAUAGCUCAUGUCGACGACAAAGAUUUUCCCCCAUUCCCUCCGGGUGCAGCGAAAAGGGGACAGAAAACUCUUCCGAGCACUUUUUCUAGAAAUGAACAAGUGAACAAGCAAGCCGUAAAAUCUUCUUGUAACACAAACUGAGCCAGAAAAUGUCCCUUUCUGGAAGCUGCUGCCGCUUCUUCCGCUCUCCUUAGUCCCUGUUUGCUUCUCCCCAUCCCCAUCCCGGCCAUCGUUCCCAUCCCAGACAUUGUUCCCAUCCUGACCAUCGUCCCCAUCCCGGCCAUCGUCCCCAUCCCAGCUGCCACCCCCUUCCCUCCCCUGGGCUGCCCUUCCUGGCAGGAGAGGAAGAGGAGGGAGUCACCCGAAAUGGAGGGAAGGGCACUGGGCAUCCCUGGGGAUGCACAGGGAAGGGGAAGGCAUCUGAUGCCACCGCAACAUCAGGAGGGGAGGUCACUGAUGGUUGGGAUUUCUUGGUGGGGGUGUUUUGCCUGCUGUCCCCAGCCCUGAAACUCCUGGUCUGAGUUUUUCUUGGGGAAUGUGUUUGCGGGUGCUUCCCCCCUUCCCAGCUGCCCAUACCCGUGGGGAGCCAAGCCCUUGCCCCUCCAAAGCCCGACUUCAGGCUUGCUGAGAAGCUGCUUGCUGGAGCUGUAGGCACUGAGCUGCCUCUGCUGCAAAGCACAUCUCUCCCUGUGGCUGUCUUUGCUUUCUCCCUUGUCUCGCGCUAGUUUGCAAAGCUAAUACCUCAGGGGUCUCCGUUCGUGCGUGUCUGUGUCCUGUGUCAUCCUUUGAGCAAUUUUUCUUUUCUGCAUCCGCACAGUUUUUUUUCUCCCUUCCCCUCAUUCCUCCUCUCGUUGUUCAUUUCUCUCUCUAGAUCAAACUACACAUGACAAAAACAAGCAAUCUCAGGUUUAAAAGUGAACACAGCCCAGAGGCGCACGGGGCUGCGAUGAUGUGCAGAGGGGCAGCUCGCCCCAGCUGUCUGCUCCCCGACCUCCUCUGCCUCUGUGUGCAUGUCCACAGCUGAGGUGAGCCUCCCUGGAGGCUCCUUGCUGUCCUCGGCUUGGCUUUAUUUUUCCUGUUUUUUUCAAUGGGGCUGUGCUGGGGAGCCCCUGUGUGCUCCCGCCUGGUCCCCCGAGCUCCCUUGAGAGCACACCACCAUCCACCAUUGCCUCCAGCAAACGCCUCAAACCAGCUCAGUCUUGCUGACCUGAACCUUGGAGUAGGUAGAAAGAGCGUUCCUCCUCCUGGCCGUGUGGCCACAAGUUAACCUGAUGGCUUGAGAGAAUGACGAUGCUGGAAAUGUAGCGCCAGGGCUUUUCAGCCUUCGCCUGCUCAGUUUUCAGCCCCUCACACCCUGCUAGUUGUUGCCUGCUCUGCCAACCUCAUCCUGACGACAACCUCAUCAACCUCAUUUACAAUCUACCCUUUCUGCCCGUCAUUUGUGCUGUGUUCUCAUUGGAACUUGAAAAAUUUCUCCCUCCUGGCCACAAAAGGUAGACGAAGUCAUUCUCGGCCCAUCACCUCCUGCUGCCCUGGGUGGUGGCACCUCUUCCCAAGCACAGUGGGGCUGUUGCUUGCUGCUCUGCAUCGCCCAGUUCCUGCCCAUCCCGUGGUCCUUGAGGGUCGGUACCAGCUCAGGUCAGACAAAUUGUUGGCAGGAAUCCGUUAGGUGGAGCUUUGGCUGGUGAAGGAAGGAGUAAGGGACUUCUCAAGUGAUUUAAUAGGAAAAGGAGGACAGGUUGGCACGGCCAGGUGGGAGGAUGACAGGAGGCAGCAGCAACUCAUCCCGUUAGCAGACGUGGUGUGCUACAGGAGCAAAAAAGCAGCUGGACUAAGUCAAGGAGGAAGGGGAGAGUGCUGUAAAUGAGACACUAAAUGUCUGCAAAGAAGCAGAUAUGUGGUUUGCGUUUUGUCAUCUCCACCCUGCAGUGCCCCUGGAUGCUCCUCAGCUCCGUUUGAGGCUUUGGGCACUGUGGGCUGCUCUCUCCUCUGAAACCAGAGCACAGAGAAACCUUUUAAGACUCAUAGAUAGAUCAUAGCUGCCAGGAGACAUUCACCACCCACCUCUGCAGCCUUCCUUUGACGUAUUUCAUAUUCAUUCUUCCCCUUGAUGCUGGGUGUGUGCGCCAGAAGCCCUCUCAUGUGCAAUAUUUUAAGGCUGCAUCCAGAAAACACCCCUUGAAGGGGCAGCUCUGCCUGAUCAUCUAGUGCCAGUGCUGACCCAAAGCCAUGAGGGUCACCAAGGGGCUUGCAAUUAACUUCAAUGUUUUUUUAAAUCAGGCUCUGCCUGGUGGACCACUUUGUCCAUGAACCAGAGAGUUACCGUGAGGAUGGACAUGCGGGCUGGUCGCCCGCCCCAUCAUCUUGUGGCCAAGCCUUUUUACGGGCGCUCCACCCCAAUCCGAUGAGGGAAGAUGCCCUUGCGGUGGCAGGAGGGCAGAGGAGAGGAAAGGUCCCUCCAGACCAACCCUCAGCUUUCCUUUAGGCUAGGAGGGACAUGGCGCCCUUCCCUCCAGCCCCAGCCUGCCCCUGGGGCUGAGCCCCAUGGCAGGACCCUUCCCACCCGCAGCUUGAAGGCUGAGCACAGAUGGAGGGAGGGCAGAGACCAGGUCGGCAACACCGAGCCAGAGGCUUGGGUUGGAGCAGGCUUGUCCCUAGCCUCGGCAGCAGCGUCCCCAGCCCCUGCUGCCUUCCCAGCCCUUCUCUUUUUUUCUUUGGACCUUCAUCCCCGUUACGUCUGCCCCUUAGGAGACUGUGCCCCACAGAACCCCCUCCCACUGUCCUGUUCCCCCUACCACUCUUAAUA